AGAGUAAAUAAUAAAUAAUAAAUUCUUGAUAACGAAAAUGAUUAGUAGCAGCCAUCUACUUAACCAUAAAUAUGGACAACUUUCCUCUAUCGGUUUGAGCAUAUGUGAUUUACAAAACCUAGCUGAAAUCAUGCAGGACUCUUAUACGUCAAAGCUAAAGUCUAUUGAAGAGAGUCAAGAAGAGGUAUAUAAAUACCAAAAUACCGAACAAAUAGGAGACUUAGUAAAUAUUGCCGGAAUACCUGCUUAUGCUGUGGCCUAUAACAUAUCUCCUCAAAAUGCUGAUUACUACAAUAUGGGAGGAUUUGAAAAUUAUUCACAAGGACAGUUCACGAGUUAUCAGGCUCCUAACCAAGUUUAUGUUAUGAAUAAUAUACUACCAAGUUUCUACAACAGUCAGCAUAUCUCAGACCAUGAAAUACCAGAAUCGACGAAUUGUUCCAAAAAGACUGCUGUUGCUACUUCUGAUGACCACAAAGCCGGAGCUUUACCAAAAACUGGAGUAAUUUCAGGGACCAAAAUCAGUUUACUCCGAAAAGUUUUAGAAGGCAUCCACGACGAUCACCAAAUCCUGAUUACAUCUAAGCCAAAGAAUAAAUCGAACAAAAUCAGGAAAUCAAACCGUCACUCCAGUUACAGAGGAGUCUCUUUGAAUGGGAAAAAGUGGCAAGUCAUGAUCAUGGGUCCAAUGAAGAAGAAAUAUUUCGGAGGAAUUACUACAGAAAGAGAAGCUGCUGUUUUCUACGAUAAACUCUCCAUCUUGACAAAUGGUCUAGCUGCCAAGACCAACUUUAACUACAGAAAAUCAGACUUGAUUAAAAUGAUGGCAGAAUUAGAGUACAUGGAAUCUCAGCUUUCCUAAGUUUAUCGGAGGCUGCAGAGACUAUGUAAUAUUGGCUUACACGC